GUGAGGUGGAGGGCAGGAGCGGGCCGUUAGCGACAGAGCGGGUCCGGAAAUUUUUAUUCACUGACUUUAAAAAAUCAAAGCAAACAAAUAUUCCGUGCUGAAAAAGAUUAUUACAACCAAUUUUAAACUUGGUUCGGCUCCGAACCUACUCCUUCGACCGUUGCGCCGAACCACUUUCAAAUAUAUGCCAAACCUGUCUCGUUCCCAAGAAUCCCACCCAGUCUUAAGCCGCUUCAAAAUUUCUCUCCGUCGCUUCUCUCUCUCUCUCUCUCUCUCUCUCUCCGUGCACGUUAACAACAGAGAUGGUUUCAAAGAUAGCUAAGAUAAUCAAGAAGACACCAACAAAACCUGCCAAUGACCGGCGGAACCGCCGCCGGAAGAAGUCUCCGAUCAACGUCUCCUCCAUCGUGGUCGCUUCCCUUCGUACUUGCCGCUGCGGCCUCGUCAAGAUCUUCUCCAAGCUCUCCCGUAACGGGGCUCCCAAGAAGGCCAAGAUCAGCCCUAGAAAACACGGCUACCAACUGCUCCACAAGAUCGCCUCCGCCGCCGUCGACGACGACGAUCGUGGUCUCCGCUGUGUCCUGUUCCCCUCUGUUGCGAACUGCCCGCUUCCGCCGUCCACCUCGCCAGAGAAACCGACCGUUUUCCUUGACCUAGACGAGACUUUGGUCCACUCCCAGCCAAACCUCCCGCCGGAGAGGUACGAUUUCGUCGUCCAGCCGGUCAUAGAAGGCGCAAGAGUCGAUUUCUACGUCUCCAAGCGCCCAUUCGUGGACGAGUUCCUCGAAUUCCUCAGCGAAAAAUUCGAACUCGUGGUCUUCACCGCUGCUCUGGAGGAGUACGCUUCCCUGGUGGUGGAUCGGCUGGAUCGGAAGGCGUUGAUAUCCCACCGGCUUUACCGGACUUCUUGCAAGGAAACGGACGGCAAGUUAGUGAAGGACUUGAACGCAACGGGGAGAGACCUUAGGAAGGUAGUUCUCGUAGACGACAACCCUAAUUCGUACUCUAUCCAGCCGGAAAAUGCCAUUCCGAUACGACCGUUCACCAACGACUUCAGCGAUUCUGAGCUCCGGCGGUUGAUUGAGUUCUUCCGGCGAACUGACGAGUAUGAAGACAUGAGAGAGGCUGUGAAGCGACGCCUUGCUGAAGAGCAAGGAGAAGAGAGAUUAUGAAUGCAACUUUUUCUUUUUUUCGUUUUAUUUUUACUUCCUUUUUCAUGAAAUUACUUUUAUUGAACAAAUUGUGAUAAAUUUCAAUCUCAUGAAAGGGAAUAAUAAAGCAUUUCUGUUGCUUUGACUUUGGCUUCUUGGCUGUAGAUUUUCUUCCAUCUCAUGGAAUUGCUGUUACAGUGAUGCUCAAGUACAGCUCUGAAAUUGUUUCGUUUUCUUUUAUCUUGCUCUAAUAUUCACAAAUAUAUGACAAUCGUUUGAGUUUUUAUUUAAAUUGGAUGAGAAAAAUUAUAAUCCCGAGUACGGACGGAUAAAGGAGAAGAGUUGUUAUCACAUAGCCGAUAUAUCUAAUAUAAAACUCAUAGGAGUAAACGUCACGAAUCAUUUAAAAAUUAGAAGAUUAUCACAUACACUCUCUGCUAGUUCAAAUUUUGCUUUCAUGGAAGAGGCAGGAGAGAUACUGGGUACUGUACGUGUAUUACUACCCUCUUCAAUGCUUGUUAGUUGGUUGCAGCUUUCAUGAGCUUGUUCUGUUCGGAAGUUCUAGUUUGGGUUCCAGCGGCCCACUUUUUAUUCUUCUGGAAAGGAUAAGGAGUUUCCAUUCAGCUCAGCCACGAUUCAAUGUUGGAAGUCAUCCAUCUCUAAUUCGGAGACUUGAAUCUGUAAUUGUGAAAGGGCAGUGACAAGAAAGUUAAAACUAUUUCAAGCGCAAACUUAAAAACCCGCACAACAUCGCCCAUAUCACUCACCUGUGCAUGUGAUUGUGGGCCAUUGCAUGUCCCUGGUAAGUUAUUCAAUACACACUCCAAUGACAAUGAUUACAUGCUCAAAUUUUGCAAGAUAUAGCUUUAAAAUAGUGACUAAUUGGGGCUACAAGAUGUAGAUAGAAUAGAAGGGAUACACAAAAGUGAAAGCAACUCAACAGGCAGCAACUGCUGCUGCUUGGCUGUUAGAGACCAGUGGGCAGCAUCUAUGUGCGUCUAAAUGAGACUAAAGGCCCUUAUUAGUUAAUAGGAAACUAAAGAACCCUAAUCCGUGAAACGUCAAGCCGCAAAGCAGAACAGGGACCCAAUUGGGGAAACCACGAUUGGAACAGGGAAAAGAUGAAAGACAUAUCCUCACCCCUCAAAUAUGUUGAUGCAAUUCUGAAAGUUCCUUUCCCAAUUUUCCCUUUAGA